GGGCGGUGGGGAAGCUGCUCGGGCUCUCGUGGGUACUCACCGGGUUCCUGGAACUCGGGACUCAUCGGAGCACGAAAACAUGACUGACUGCGACGGAGAGCGCGCUCGCCUCCGCCGCUACGCAGAGCUACCUGUGUGGGUGGUGGAGGAUCAUCAGGAGGUUCUGCCUUUUAUAUACCGGGCCAUAGGCUCAAAACAUCUUCCUGCCAAGGAUAUAAGUUUUCUACAUUUUGACUCCCAUCCAGACCUUCUGAUUCCUGUGAAUAUGCCAGCAGACACAGUGUUUGAUAAGGAAACACUCUUUGAAGAACUAAGUAUUGAGAACUGGAUUAUGCCUGCAGUUUAUGCUGGCCAUUUUUCCCACGUUGUAUGGCUUCAUCCCACGUGGGCUCAGCAAAUGAGAGAGGGAAAACACCACUUUUUAGUGGGCAAAGACACUUCUACUACAACAAUCAGGGUUACAAGUACUGAUCAUUACUUCCUCAGUGAUGGCCUCUAUGUACCUGAAGACCAGCUAGAGAACCAGAAGCCUUUAAGACUGGAUGUAAUUAUGAUGAAACCUAAUAAACUCUGUAGCAAACAAGAAGAAAAUGCUGCAGUGUGUUCUGCCAAGAAGCCAAAACUGGCACUGGGAGGAGCAGAAAACACUGCCUCUGGUACUCGCGACUCUUCCGCAGAUGGACUGGGAAAGGACCCAGGGACACGGGGAAGCUGCCAGUCUUGCCUGGAACUGUCAUGUGUGUGUUCUUCUGAAAGUCAGGCCUGCCAGAAUACUGUCAGCACUGGGGAAGUUCCGGAAAUUUUGAAGAAAGGAGAUGGAUUUGUUUUAGAUAUUGACUUAGACUUUUUUUCCGUUAAGAAUCCCUUCAAAGAAAUGUUCACUCAGGAAGAAUACAAAAUCUUGCAAGAGCUAUACAAUUUUAAAAGGCCUGGUGCCAACCUGUCAGAGGAAGAUUUGGUAGAUAUUGUUGAUACUCGAAUUCACCAGUUAGAAGAUUUAGAAGCUACUUUUGCUGAUUUGUGUGAUGGUGAUGAUGAAGAAACAGUACAAAGAUGGGCCUCAAAUCCUGGAAUGGGAUCACUAGUUCCACUUGUACAGAGUUUAAAAAAACGAAUGGAAGUGCCUGACUAUGAAAUGGUUCACCAGGCUGGUCUGACCUGUGAUUAUUCAGAACUUCCUCACCAUGUCAGCACAGAACAAGAAAUAGAGUAUCUUAUUCAAUCUGUACAUUAUUUCCUGAAAAAUCUACCAAAACCUACUCUUGUGACAAUUGCAAGGUCCAGUCUGGAUGAUUACUGUCCUUCUGAGCAAGUCGACUCCAUCCAAGAAAAGGUCCUCAGCAUGCUGCGCUCCCUCUAUGGCUCUCUGGACGUUCACCUGCAGUACUCUGCAGGGUCCUCGCCGUCCUGAACACAGCAGUGGGCUCCUGUUUCAUCUUGGUCUAGUGACAGGGUUUUCAUUAACUUACUUACAAAUUAGUCUUCCAGGGAAUAUUUUUUCCAUUAACUUGCAGUUGAAAUUUUUCAGAUAUUUGGAAUUUCCAAACAAAUAUCAGUUAUUGAAUGAAUGAUGAUGUAAUUUUUAGGCAGCAAGUCUACCACGCCCAGUUGGUAGAACUACGUAUCCGUCUUCCUCUCCAUCCGUCCCAUUGUUGUCUUUAUUUUUGUGAAUUUUAUUUUCCAUUUAACCCCCUGGGUCCACUGGACUGUUUGAGAUUCAUUCAUCUAUCUGUUCAUUCAUUUUCUUUUUUUUUUUUUUGACAGGCAGAGUGGACAGUGAGAGAGAGAGACAGAGAGAAAGGUCUUCCUUUGCCAUUGGUUCACCCGCCAAUGGCCGCCGCGGCCGGCGCACCACGCUGAUCCAAAGGCAGGAGCCAGGUGCUUCUCCUGGUCUCCCAUGGGGAGCAGGGCCCAAGCACUUGGGCCAUCCUCCACUGUACUCCUGGGCCAUAGCAGAGAGCUGGCCUGGAAUAGGGGCAACCAGGACAGAAUCCGGAGCCCUGACCGGGACUAGAACCCGGUGUGCCGGCGCUGCAAGGCGGAGGAUUAGCCUAUUGAGCCGCAGCACCGGCCUCAUUUUCUCAACUGAUAGUUACUGAGCACUUUUCAUGUGACAGCAUUAUUAAGUCCUGGGUGUGUGGUAAUGAACAGAAUAGACAAGACCUCAAUCCUUUUGGGAAAAACUAUGGCUUCUGAGAAGUGUUAGGAAGAAAGGACAACCACAAACAUGUCUUAGCCGUGCUCUUAGGACUCAGGGUACCCUGGCCUUACAGGAAAGAAAAUUCUCAAAAGCUACUACCAAAAAAACCUUGCCACCCCAUGGAAAUGUUGCAGGAAGUCUAACUUUCUUUUUUUUUUUUUUUUUCUUUUGACAGGCAGAGUGGACAGAGAGAGAGAGUCAGAGAGAACGGUCUUCCUUUUUGCCGUUGGUUCACCCUCCAACGGCCGCCGCGGUAGGUGCGCUGCGGCUGGCGCACCGCGCUGUUCCGAUGGCAGGAGCUAGGUGCUUCUCCUGGUUUCCCAUGGGGUGCAGGGCCCAAGGACUUGGGCCAUCCUCCACUGCACUCCCGGGCCAUAGCAGAGAGCUGGCCUGGAAGAGGGACAACCAGGACUAGAACCCGGUGUGCCAGCACUGCAGGCAGAGGAUUAACCUAUUGAACCGCGGCGCCAGCCAGAAGUCUACCUUUCCAAGGCUGCUGGGAUUUGGCCUCUGCCAGAUGCUUUUCAACAUUGUUAAUAUUGAAGAGGUCUGGUUGAGUAAACUUGACCAAACAAAAAUUAACCUCUGGAGUGGGGGUUUUGGCUAAUCAGAAAAGCCCUUCAGGUGAUCCUUGUGGGCAUCAGUUAGCAUUCUAGUCCCUAAGUACCACUAGAUUGGCUGCCUGGAUUGAUAAAUUGUUCAGUAAACCUACUUCUGAUGCAGAUAGUAAGAAAAAAAGUUAAACCUUCACUUCCGACCUGCAAUAGAUACACAGGGAUGUAACUGUCUUCCACUAGCCUCCUUGUGCCUAACACUGUCUUCCAGAAUCACUCUGGAUCAUGAAACUUUUAUUUUUCUCCAUUUACUGAAGUCUUCCACUCUUGGAUAUCGAUAUCCUUUUGUUCCAUAAUCGUUUUCAUUUUUUUUUUUUUAAAUUCCAAAAUCUGGAAACCUCAGAAAAACUUCUAGUCUGAAGCAUUUCUUUUUUCUUUUUUUUUUUUUUUAAGAUUUAUUUAUUUGAAAAGCAGAGUCACAGAGUGUCAGAGAGAGAGAGAAAUCUUCCAUCCACUGUUUCACUCCCCAAAUGGCCACAACAUCAAGAACUGCGCUGAUCCUAAGCCAGGAGCUUCCUCCGGUUUUCCCAUGUGGGUGCAGGGGCCCAAGGACUUGGGCCAUCUUUCACUGCUUUCCCAGGCCAUAGCAGAGAGCGGAAUUGGAAGUGGAGCAGCCAGGUCUCAAACCGGCACCCAUAUGGUAAAAGCCAGGUGGUGGCUCUUACCCGCUACACCACAGCACCAGUCCCUCCAUAAUCAUUUUUAACUACCUACUUGAUUUCUUUUCCUUUAAAAGGCAGCAUUAAAUGAAAAAAGAAAACAAACACCAUAACUUCUCAGUCCUAACUCAGAGCUUUCAUUUUUGCAUGUAAUCCUCAGGCCUCGUCCACAUCUAUACCUACAGAGUUGCAUGUAACUAAAACGAAGAGUGUUACCUAACUCUGUGGCUAAGACCCAAGAACAUAUUGCAUUGUCACCCAGUAGAUGAUACCAGACCCCACUUUUCCAUUGAUUCUGUUUUCCAGUUUCUUACCACCACAUUAGCUUCCAGAGGCUAAUACUGUGGAUGCUUAUUUGUAUUGUGAAAAGGAAAGCAAACUGAUUUAGCUUUCCAGCCAACUUGGCAAAACAUUAUGUACCAAAAAGGUUUAUAUUCUCUGUAAAAAUCAGAACUUUGCAACAUUGUGUUUAUUUAUAUUGAAAUUUUCCUGUUGGAAUUCUGUAAGUAGAUAUCACUUUUAUUUAUGAGUAAAUUAUUUUGUGCACUAAAAGAAAUUAAAAGUAUGUUUUUGAAAUUUUAAAGAUGUUAAAUACAGCUAUAGUACUAAUUUAUUGUAUGUCAGUGUGUUGAUGGCAUUGAUUUUGAGUCUAGUUUACUGGUAUUAUGAUUCCCAUGAAUUCUGAUUGUUUGAACUCAGGUUAAAUAAAAGAGCAUCAGCUUGGCUUGUGGUAACAAUCAGGUGUUGAAUGCUUAUGCUUUAUGACUGUAUCUGAGGAGUAAAAUUGAGUCUGUACUUAUUGCAUAGAAACAGUUUAAUAAUUACCUCUCUGUAUAUCCAAAUAGAAAGAUGAUUUUCAAGCUAUCCUUCAUUUGUGAAGGGACAGGAACAUUGUUUUGGAUUAUGUGCAAAUACCAUUAAAGCUUAGUAUUUUAA